AUGCAGGCCUUACCAGAGUCCCGUCAACAGACGUUCGAGGAGAUCUACGGUCCUCCAGAGAACUUCCUCGAGAUUGAAGUGAAAAAUCCACAAACCCACGGCUCCUCUCCUCGUAACAUGUAUACUUCUUAUGAAAUCCACACCCGCACCAACAUCCCGGCCUUUAAACUGCGCCACUCGGUCGUUCGCCGCAGAUACUCCGACUUUGAGUACUUUCGAGACAUUCUGGAGCGAGAAAGCGCGAGAGUCACAAUCCCUCCAUUGCCUGGGAAAGUAUUCACAAAUAGAUUCUCUGACGACGUGAUUGAGCACAGGAGAGAAGGACUUCAGAGAUUCCUACAGAUUGUGGUUGGACACCCGCUCCUACAAACUGGGAGCAAGGUCCUCGGAGCGUUCAUACAAGAUCCAAAUUGGGACCGCAAUGCGUGGUGA